GCGGGGAGUCAGGACGUCAGUAGUAAACAGAGGGAGGCGGAAGGGGUCCGAGCAGCGAGUUAUCUCUCUCACACUUGAGGUCCUGCGUGGACAUGUUGCCCACACAGCGUCUAUAGCGUGGCCUGCUCCUGUUGACCCACUCCUGUCAAGAUGGCUUCAGCUGAGUUUCAGUUCAUCCCGCCACCUGAAGCCCCUGUAUUUAAGCCAACAUGGGAAGAGUUUCAGGACGCCCUUGGAUAUAUUAACAAAAUACGACCCAUCGCUGAGCAGUCCGGGAUUUGUAAAAUUAUUCCUCCACCGGACUGGCAGCCACCGUUUGCAGUUGAUGUAGACAACUUCAAGUUUACACCACGUAUUCAAAGACUGAAUGAACUCGAGGCUCACACACGCAUAAAGCUGAAUUUUUUGGACCAAAUUGCCAAGUUUUGGGAACUGCAGGGCUCAUCACUGAAGAUUCCAGUUGUUGAAAGGAAGGCUUUAGAUUUGUAUUCACUACAUAGACAUGUUUGGUCUGAAGGUGGAAAUGAAAUGGUAACAAAGGAACGAAAGUGGAGUAAAAUUGCUUCACGCAUGGGGUUUCCAUCAAAUAAGAAUUUAGGAACCUUGUUGAAAUCACAUUAUGAGCGAAUUCUUCAACCAUACGACAUUUUCAACAAGGGAAAGCCGCUACCAUACGUGAAAACAGAAGUUAAGGAGGAUAUUGUGGAAGCUUGUGAAACUGAUUACAAGCCUCACAAAAUUCCUAGUCGUAUGGCAGGCAAGAUCCCCGAUAGUGAAAAAAAUGGUCGCCGUUCUCGCCGUCAUCCAGAUACUGGAGACUCGAAAGCCGACACCCAGGUUGGUUUUGGGUCUGAUGAUGAGGAUGACGGAAAAGGCAGCAAGGAGCUGAAGAGGCUGCAGUUUUAUGGUGCUGGGCCUAAGAUGGCUGGCUUUGACAAGGCCUCCCCAGAGGAUUCGGGAAAGACUCGUGGCAAGAAAGUUGAUUAUUCUGAUCAGGAUCCGCUGGCAAAGUACAUCUGCCUAAAUUGUGGACGUGGGGAUGCCGAAGACCAGAUGUUACUCUGUGAUGGCUGCGAUGACUCUUACCACAUCUUCUGUCUUGUUCCUCCUCUUCUAGAUAUCCCUAAAGGUGAUUGGCGAUGUCCUAAGUGUGUGGCUGUUGAAGUGAGCAAACCAGUAGAGGCAUUUGGGUUUGAGCAAGCCCAAAAAGAAUACACAUUACAGUCCUUUGGGGAAAUGGCAGACAAAUUCAAACAAGAUUAUUUCAAUAUGCCAGUCCAUUUAAUACCUACAGAAAUGGCAGAACGUGAAUUUUGGCGAAUUGUUUCUUCCAUUGAUGAGGAUGUGACUGUAGAAUAUGGUGCAGAUCUCCACACAAUGGAUCAUGGCUCAGGUUUUCCUACUAAACAUUCCAAGAACUUAAUGCCAGCUGAUCAGGAGUAUGCCGUUAGCGGUUGGAACCUGAACAACUUGCCAGUAUUGGAAGGUUCUGUCCUUGGGCACAUAAACUGUGACAUCUCUGGUAUGAAGGUCCCUUGGAUGUAUGUUGGUAUGUGCUUCUCUACAUUCUGUUGGCAUAAUGAAGAUCACUGGAGUUAUUCCAUCAAUUAUUUGCAUUGGGGAGAACCAAAAACUUGGUAUGGGGUACCAGGAGCUGAAGCAGAGCCCUUUGAAAUUGCCAUGAAAAAUGCCGCACCAGAGUUGUUUCAAGCACAGCCAGAUCUACUUCAUCAGCUAGUCACUAUUAUGAAUCCAAACAUUUUAAUGAAAUCAGGGGUGCCAAUUGUGAGAACAGAUCAACAUGCUGGCGAAUUUGUGAUAACUUUCCCAAGAUCAUAUCAUGCUGGGUUUAACCAAGGCUAUAAUUUUGCUGAAGCUGUCAACUUUGCUCCACCUGACUGGUUGGCCAUUGGGCGUGAGUGUGUGCUACACUAUAGUAAUCUGAAGCGUUACUGUGUCUUCUCCCAUAACGAGCUUGUUUGUAAAAUGGCUUCCACUCCAGAUGAAUUAGACCUGACAGUAGCUGCAGCAACAUACCAAGAUAUGCUGCGAAUGGUGGAUUUGGAAAAGAAACUCCGCAGAUCACUUCUACAUUGGGGAGUAACUAGUGCAGAAAGAGAGGCAUUCGAGCUCUUACCAGAUGAUGAGAGACAGUGCGAUUGCUGCAAGACAACCUGUUUCCUAUCAGCUGUGACCUGCUCUUGUGCACAAGACCGUUUAGUAUGUUUGAGGCAUUAUAAAAUGUUAUGCGAAUGUCCACCAGAGAACCACACACUCAGAUAUCGAUACACAUUAGAUGAACUUCCCCCAUUGCUGCAGCGUCUAAAAGUAAGGGCAGAAUCAUUUGAUCAUUGGGCAGUCAAGGUCAAAGAUGCAUUAGAGGCCAAACCAGAAGAUAAAUUAGAACUGGGUGAUCUACGAGAGCUAGUUGAGGAAGCAGAAGCACAGAGAUUUCCAGAGAGUGAGCUACUGCAGACUCUAAUUCAGGCAGUAACAGAAGCAGAAAAAUGUGCCACUGUUGCUGCCCAUCUUGCUACAAAGAAGGUCCGCACUAGGACCCGUGGAAGUGGAGAAGCUAAAAGUCGUUUAACUCUAGAAGAGCUGAGAUUGUUCCACGAGCAGAUAGAAUCCUUAGCUUGUGUUGUCCGUGAAGGUGAGGCUGUAAAGGAACUGUUAACCAGAGUGACAACUUUCCAAGAGGAGGCUAUUGAGCUGUUGAAUCAAGAAAUACCUGACUCGGAUGUCAUUGCCAAAAUGGUUGAUACUGGCUGCUCUCUAGAUAUUGAUCUGCCAGAAUUGCCAAGACUCAAACAUAAACUACAGCAGGUUGAAUGGUUAGAGGAGGUGGAAGAGACACUAGAGGACAGCACGUCGGUGACAGUGGAGUGCGUGCGGAAACUUCUAGAUUCGGGGAUUUCUUUACCACCUCAUCCACGAAUUGAGAAGUCUAUGGCUCAAUUGCAACAGCUGCUCACAAACAUGGAAACAUGGGAAGAAAAGGCUAGUCAAGCUCUAAAUGCUAAACCAGGCAUCAGUGUUAGUAGAGGUGAAGAGUUGGUAAAGCAGGCAGAGGAGGUGCCUGCACACCUCCCAAGUGUUGCUGCUCUUAAGGAUGCUGUUAAACGAGCACGGGAAUGGACAAAUAAAGUGACCACCCUACAGAAAGGCGAUACAGCUCCUCUACUCGAGACGAUAGAAGGACUAGUGACUCGAGGCCGUCCUGUGUCCUUGCACCUGGAGCCAUUGGCUGAACUAGAGGAAAAUGUAGUUGCAGCACAUGCAUGGUUAGAAAAGACAUCACGCACUUUCCUAAAGAAAAAUUCGCAUCUCACUUUACUCGAGGUAUUGGUACCAAGAACCGAUAUUGGAGUUGUGUCGGGUAAACGGAAGAGAGUUAAGCGAGAGGAAAUGUCUGCACAGCAACAACAGACCCAGCUCUUGGAUAUAAGCCUUGAAGAUGCAGCAAACCCUCCCACAGUUGUCAAGGCUUUCAAGGAAUGUGAAGAACGAGAGUUGGGAGCUAUGAGAGCACUGAGAGCUCAUAAUCGCAAUAAACGUGAUGGGGAUUCCCCGCAAGAUGGAGCCACCUUCUGCUUGUGUCACAAGCCCCCACAGCCGAAUAUGCUCACCUGUUCCUUAUGUCUCGACCUGUUUCACAGUGCAUGUGUUCCAUCUUCUCAUCGUAAUAAAGUUAAAUUAAGCAAUGAAGGUCGAUUUUUAUGUCCAUCUUGUGAGCGUUCUCGGCGUCCACGGCUUGAGACCAUCCUUGCCCUUCUAGUCGCUCUCCAGAAAUUGCCAGUCAGAUUACCAGAAGCCGAAGCAUUACAGUGCCUGACAGAGCGGGCCAUGUCAUGGCAGGACAGAGCUCGGCAACUUAUGAAGACGGAUGAAUUGAUGGCUGCCUUGGGAACAUUAUCAAUAUUUUCCCAGAAGCUUAUUGAAGCACAGGCCAAUCAGCAUAAGCCCAUUUCACCCCAAGUACAAGAUGAGAAAAUGGAAGUUGAUGAAUCUACAAAUGAUGAUUCACUACUGAGUGAAGAUGGAGAAAAGGAAAAAGAAAAUAAGAUAGACAGUGAAUCAAAGAUGGAUACAGAAAAGGAGGCAAACAAAAAAUCUGAAGAAGGAAGUUGGGAACAUGCUUAUUCUAGCAACAAGCAAAAUAAGGAAAAGAAGACUGAAGUUGACAAAGCCCGAUGGAGUCGUCUGGUAGCCACUUUGAUGGAGAACCAUGAUGGUCCUCUGAUUUCCCUUACUGAAAGUAUGAGGUCACAAGUUCAAGAUCUUUUAGUUGAAGGGGAGCUCUUGGAAGUUAAUCUAGAUGAAACCACUCACUUGUGGCGAAUUUUGCAGGCUGCCAAUCAUCCUCCUGCUAUGUUGGAAGAUACACUUUUAUCUCUUAAUUCCUCCAACAAUAACAGUGAGGAAAAUAAAGCCAAAAAAACAGCUGCUAAAAAGCGAAAAUCUUUAGAGGGACAGGAGGAUAUUCAACCAAAGUCUCCACAAAAAUCUCCAUUGAAGAAAACAAAAAUUACAAAAAUUUGUUCUUCUCCUAUUGAGGGGAAGACACCUAAAGGAGUGGUCAAGAAGAAACUUAAUCUUACAAAAAAUGGGGAAAAGAAAAGGAAAGAAGGAGGCCCAAACAGUAAAGAAGGGCCAAGAAAGAAGACCAUGGGUGUUGGGAAAAAGAAAAAGAUGCACUCAGCUUCUUCAAGUAGCAUGCAUAGUGAUGAUGAUGAUGAUGAUGAUGUUGAUGAGGCAUGUGCUGCAGGCAAGUGCCAUCAUCCAGCUGGACAAAAUGUUGAUUGGGUACAAUGUGAUGGGUGCGAGGGCUGGUUCCACUACGUUUGUGUUGGACUUAAGGCAGGCGACGUUCAUGAAGAUGAGGAUUACAUGUGCUUGAGGUGCACCACCAAACAGCCUUCUUCCAAGCUAGGUGAGUUGACGGAAGAGGAAAGUGUGGACAUCCUCCUCAGCCUAGCUACAAGCCUGCCGCCCAAGGAGUCAGAGGCACAGAAGUAACCUGUGCUAUUUUCACACUAAGAAAGUAUAUGCAGAUUUGUAUAAAGUGCUGGCAUAUGAGCUUAUGUGUCCUUGAAAAUUUUAUUUGCUGAUCUUAUUCAAUGGAUAGCUAGGGGAAAAAUUUAUAAUGGGAUCUACUCGGCUUCUAAUGAAGCUAAAUGUCCUAAUAAUAUUUGAAUGAUGAUAAUGGCAAAAUUUGCUAUUAAGGUAGGUGAACUAGUUGGAAUUUAUAAUGACAGAUGUACAUUUGUUAAACAUUAACUGUCUGCUGCAUUAGAAAGCAGGUGAAUAUUUUGUAACGGUGGAUAAACUUGCUUUAGUAUUAUGACUGUGCCUGUUUGGGUAUUUAUUUCUGAAACCAAUGAAUAUUUAGUUUUCAGCAGCUAGCUUGACAAACAAGAAACGUCAAUUUUGUAAAAUGAGCAAACACUACCAGGUAUUUUACCUUCUUUGAAGCUGAAGAUUCUUCUUACCUUUAUUUGAAGCUGAAGAUUCACCUUUGAUAUUGUUAAAAAUAGGAAAUGCCAAAUAUUAUAUAUAGGUAGAUCUGAGUCAUUAUGAAUUUUUGUAAGAGAUGGCAGUAGAUAAAGUGCUUUUUUAUUUAAAGUAGAUACUUUUCAAAAUUAUUAUUCUCUUGUACAGCCAGUUCUUUCUUCUAUAUAUUGUAAGCACUCCAUUGGGUGGGUUUCAUCUUAGAGCAUUAGAAAACUUAAAGGGUAACUUCUGCUUUGGUUUCUGUCUUAGGGUGUGUGUGAAUGCAAAUACUUUGCCCUAACACUUUAUUUAAAUUAGUUGUGUUGUAGAUUAUCUGCUAUAUCCUAUCCCUUUAAAUGUGCAAUUGUAACAUUUCCUUUUUCACAUUAAUCGUACCUCACAAAAUCUUUUUGCCUCAAACGUACAAAUUCUUGUCCAUCUUGUCAAGUUCAUCAGUUUCAUUGUAAGUCAUCAAUAUUUUAUUUAAAAUAAUAAACUUAAAAAAUCUUUACAUUAUUCAGAGAUACUUUAAUAUCUUGCAGGUUUCUUCAUUCAUUAUUGAAUUCACUAGUUAUGCACUGGAAUAAAAAUAUUUUGAAUAUCUUACAAUCCGUUUACUAAAAAAAAAAAUCUAUUGAGCCUAACGUAGUAUUAAAAGUGUUAGUGUGCCUAGCAUAAUAAUGCUCUGUUUACUACGUUAUGCUAUAAUUGUAUUUGCAUAAAACAUGAUAUGAAGAAACUAGCAUUUUUGAUAAAUAGUUUGUUCUUGUGGUAGGCUUAGACUAUAAAUAAAUAAAUAUUUGUUUACAAUGUUUCAGAACAUGUCCAAAAACUGGAUGAAG